CUCCCUCCGCAUCGUGUUCUCUUCUUCCCCUUCGUUCCUCUCUCUCUCUCUCUCUCUCGCCUCGCUGGGAUCAGAUCUCCAGCGGAGGAGGAGAAGAGAAGCGCCGAGUUCUACAUUUCUGCCCACCAUUCUCUCGAUCUUUUGAGCUCCGUUCAUCUGCUGUCGUAUUGGUUUAGGAGGAGACAGAGCUCCUCUGUUCCUCGUUUCGCUCGUGUGGAGUGGGUGAAAGGGAGUGGGAUCUGCGCCUGAACAACGUCUCUGUGUCCCCUGUUUCGCUUCUCUGUUUCCCUUCCUUUCUUAUUCCUAGAUCCGUAGCGGAGGAAAAAGCUUGCAAGUACUCCAGCCCAAAGGGACCGACAGUGCUGCUCCACCUCAUUUGCCUUUGUGACUUUUAAGCUCUGUCCUUCGCAGAUCCUUCCGCUUCCACGUUCUCUGUCCUCCGAGCUACUUUACAGGAGCGAGGCAGGGGGAGAAGGCGAGGAAGGAGGAGGAGAGGAGAUGGAUAGGCUUUCUUCGACGCCCGUUCUGCCGAGGAGGAAUGACGACGUCACGCAGUUGGGGAUGGUGUGGGAGCAGGUCAAGGCGCCGGUGAUCGUCCCCCUGCUGCGCAUCGCGGUGUUCCUGUGCCUGGCCAUGUCGGUCAUGCUCUUCGUGGAGAAGGUGUACAUGGCCACCGUCAUCCUCGCCGUCAAGCUCCUCCGGAGGCGGCCGGAGACGCGCUACAAGUGGGAGCCCAUGGAGGACGACAUGGAGCGAGGCAGUGCAGCGUACCCCAUGGUCCUCGUCCAAAUCCCCAUGUUCAACGAAAAGGAGGUAUACCAGCUCUCCAUCGGAGCUGCAUGUGGGCUUUCAUGGCCGUCAGAUCGUCUCAUAAUCCAAGUGCUCGACGACUCCACCGAUCCCGCCAUUAAGGAGAUGGUGCAGGUAGAGUGCCGGAGGUGGGCGAGCAAGGGGGUGAACAUACGGUACGAGAUCAGGGACAACAGGGUAGGCUACAAGGCUGGGGCGCUCAAGAUGGGGAUGAAGCACAGAUACGUCAAGGACUGCGACUACGUCGUCAUCUUCGACGCCGACUUCCAGCCGGAUCCCGACUUCCUCUGUCGCACCAUCCCGUUCCUCAUCCACAACCCCCAGAUCGGCCUCGUCCAGGGCCGCUGGAGAUUCGUGAACGCGGAUGAAUGUUUGAUGACAAGGAUGCAGGAGAUGUCCUUGGAUUACCAUUUUGCUAUCGAGCAGGAAGUGGGAUCCUCCACCUAUGCUUUCUUCGGAUUCAAUGGGACUGCUGGGGUAUGGCGGAUUGCAGCUAUCAAUGAAGCCGGAGGUUGGAAGGAUCGGACCACUGUAGAGGACAUGGACUUGGCUGUUCGAGCAAGCCUCAAGGGCUGGAAAUUUAUAUUCCUCAACGACCUCGGGGUGAAAAGCGAGCUACCAAGUACUUUCAAGGCAUUUCGCCAUCAGCAACACAGAUGGUCGUGUGGACCAGCGAACUUGUUCAGGAAAAUGGUGGUGGAGAUCUCCAAGAACAAGAAAGUAUCCCUGUGGACCAAAGUUUAUGUGAUAUACAGCUUCUUCUUCAUCCGCAAGAUUGUGGGUCAUAUAGUGACCUUUAUAUUUUACUGCUUGGUGAUCCCUGCCACUGUCUUUGUUCCUGAAGUGGAAAUACCAAUGUGGGGUUUAGUCUACCUACCUUCCGUCAUUACAAUGCUGAAUUCUGUUGGAACGCCGAGGUCGCUUCACUUGCUGGUGUUCUGGGUCCUUUUCGAGAAUGUCAUGUCUCUGCAUAGAACGAAAGCAACCUUGAGUGGCCUCCUGGAUUUAGGGAGAGUUAAUGAAUGGGUGGUCACUGAGAAGCUCGGGGAUAUUAUGAAGACAAAAUUGCCUACCAAAGCAGCUAAGAAGCCAAGAGUCAGGAUUGGCGAUAGGUUACAUAAAAUGGAGCUCUUUACUGGGGCCUAUCUCUUCUUCUGUGCAUGCUAUGAUCUGAAGUAUGGGAAGAACCAUUACUUCCUCUACCUCUUCCUCCAGUCGAUCACCUUCUUCAUCGUUGGAUUUGGUUAUGUUGGCACCUACAUUCCACAAUCCUAAUGGGCAUAGUUUGAUAUGCUGCCAAAACUUUUUCGUGUACCUUCUGGCGGUGCUGUAUCUUUUACCCGGGUAGCAUACUUCAACUUAAGCAGUCAUGGAUGCUUGAAGAGAAGAGAAGCAUAAUCCUGCAGAAAAGGAUUCUUGUGUGAAUACUAAGUUGAAUGAGUAUAAGUAUGAUGGUUUACAUAAUGUAGUAGAUAAGUCUGUUUCAAUCUCCCCAACAGCAGCUGCAACUGCAGUAGAGAGUGGUUCUAGCUUGAAGAAGAUGAUGUGUGGAAGCAGACAUCAUCUUAAGAACCCAAUAAUUUAAUGUCAGAGUGUUUCUUGCAAGAUGUCAUUCCAGUAUUGUGAUUCUGGUACCUUCAGGUUUCAUAUUACAAUUUGCUGAUAUCUUAGUCUAAAUGUAUUGAUCUGCACCAAUAAAUUAAUGCAUUAGAUGUAUUAAGAACC